AUGUUGAUGCCUUCAGCCCUCGGCUGCGAAUCCUCUCUCCAUGCCCCGAAAACCCGCUUCCAGUCCGCCCUCUUCGCGUCGCCUCCGCUCUCGCCGUCGCCGCCCUCCACCCGCCCCGCCAUCAACAACCUCUACUCAACGUGUCGCGCGCUACAAUCGAUGCUCUCCCCACCCAACCAACUACCCUCCCCACCCACCAGACACGCCGAGCCGCCGUCCUCGCCCGUCAAGCUGCGUCUGCGUGCGCGGAAAGGUACGGAGGAGCCGACGACGGCGCCGACGCCGCGGCGGAAGAUCGCGAAGCGCAGCGCUGCGGUGCCCCCCCGCGGACUCCAUAAGCGGAGGAGAGCUACAAGCGACGAGAUGACCCGCGACGAUAGCACGGAAGAAGAAGAAGAAGAAGAAGAAGGAGAAGGAGAAGAAGCGAGCGGGGAGGAGGAAACCGUCCCCUGCGAUGGCCGACCCAGCACGCCCAAACGGAUGCGCCUCGCGCCGGAAAUCAUCCCCCUCGGGCUUGAACGCUCCGACUUCCACGAUCUGCGGCUCCAGGAGAUGGCGUCGCAGGCCCAGGGUGACCCGGGCCCGGUCACGCAGAGUCUCGAAAGGUCCGGGUUCGGCCUGGCCCGGGGGCUGAAUCCCGAAGAGUGGUCGAUGGAGGAGGAUCGCUUGCUGGUGGAGCUGGUGCUGGAGAAGCUGAAGCUGACCAAGAGCGAUUGGCAAGAGUGCGCGCGGAGCCUGGGCAAGGAUCGGGGGAGCGUUGGGAGGAGGUGGAAGAGUCUGAUGGGCGGCGGCGAGGUUGGGCUGAAGAGGAACCUGCCUCGGAGGGCAAAGCUUCAUGGGACCUGGCGAUGA